CGAGAAUCAACACAGAGAACCAUCAACACCACCACGAGAAUGGCACUCCCUGACAGCCCAUCAACAUUCAAAGCGUGGCUCAUGGAGGCGUGGGAUCUGUGCCUGGAUGAGCACAAGGUAAUGGCGAACGAUGCCACUGAAUGGAACGAUUGAUGGAUGGGCACGUGCCCUCUGCUACGUGGCGCUGCAGCGCGAGUGUGACCGGAAGGACCGAGAACGCCUCACGACACUCGCCAGAUCAUGCGAAGUGGCUGUCCUCAAGUGCGAUAUGCACCCCUCCUCAAAGACGCCGUCCAUCAACGACUACAAUCUGGAGGUCGAAUUGGCUUUCGCAGAGAGAGGAGACCGCACGGUCAAGAUAUUCAUCGAUAUGGGCCGUCUUGUGCGCCUCGUGGAGGACGAGCGAGUCAGAGAAGGUGCCAGUGGCGAUGAAUCUGCUGUGGAGCUUGCGAUGGAUCUGAGUUGGAGCGUGCAGCUGAGCGGAUCUGCCAAGGAGUUGCUGGCGGAAUACCACGGCACCGCCAAGCUGUUUGACGAUGGAUCUGUGCCGCCCUGUGCGAGUGAGGAGCGUCACGACGUCGAGAAUGGUGUGCUCGAGCGACUGCGGGACGCAUUGGCGCCCAACAUCGACCCGCCCAUCCUGUUCCUCGAUCUGCUCCCGUGCAUCCCUUUGGACAAGUCGGUGUCGCCCUUCAAGUACCGCCUUGCACUGCUCGAAGACCGACUUGUCGAUGUGAGCCGCUCAUACGUUCCUCCCUCACACGAAUGGAUGACCGCUCUCUCUCUGGGGUGUGUGCGCAGGAGUGUUGGGACGAGGAGGAUGAGAGUGAAGCCCUCAAAUCUUUGGAGGUGGCCAAUGAUGACGAGGAAGAGGAGGAAGAUGAGGCCAUGCCGCCACGCCCUGUCCCAGGGCCCGUCUCGGGUGUGCGCAGCAGCCAGAGAAAGAAGGCCAAGACCAAAAGUGGAUAGGUAGUCAAUCAGUCGGUCGGCCGGCCGGCGACUUUCUGGGCGGAUGGGACGAGUGAAAGGGAUGGAUGGAUGGACGGGUGUGAUGCAUCAAUUGUGUUGUUGUCGGCAUGUCGUGGCAUUUGGACACAUGUACUGCAGGGGGUAGCGUAGCUAGC